AUGCUGCGCCCCGGAAGCAGCCAGCAACAGGUCCGGCUCCUAGGCGGGGAGACCACGGGCUCCGCAUACUGCCCCUGCCCUGAGCACCGACUCUGCACUCCCAUUGACCUGCAGGUCACCAUGAUGCAGGGCUUCAAGCAGCGCGACCUGCAGAUUGGGCCCACCCCCCAGGAUACACACGUGCCCAUCCCCUGCCCACUCUCUGCCCCUGCUAGCGGCACCACCCAGGGGCUCUGGCAUGUUAACUGCCCGGGGGUCUGGCGGAGCGAGGGUGGGGUCAUGUCCCCAGAGCUCCAGUUUAGCGGCCAGGAGAGGCUGUUCCGGGAGGUGGGGGGAGACGCGCAGCGGGAGGGUGUGAGGAGCAGGGAGCUCUUGCUGAAGCUCUGCUCCCCCCUCGAUGUCCCAGCAGGUCCCCUUGUCAGGAUGGCCUGGCGCCUGCUGCUGCUGCUCCCCUUGCUCUUGGUGGCGGUUUCAGGGAAUACGGCCCCGAGGUUCAACAUCACCAUUGCCUAUGUGUCCGAGAACCUGUCCGUGGGGUUGCCCCUCAUGGACGUCCAGAUCGAUAUCUCCCGGCAGCAGGUGGAGCGGAUCUUUGGGCUGGAGGAGUACUGGUGCCAGUGCGUCGCCUGGAGCUCCUCGGGGACCACCAAGAGCCAGAAGGCCUAUGUGCGGCCGAAAGCCAAACUCAGCGUCACAUACUCAGUGACGACCAAUCAAACACUGAGAGCAGUGCCCGUCGCGGCUGGGCCGGGGCCCCAAGCCCCUGUCCCUGAGCCGGCGCCUCUGCUCCUGCAGGUCUCCGGGAAGCUGACCAUCAUUGUGCAGGACUGGAACGACAACCCCCCCAUCUUCCAGAACCAGCCCUACAUCACCAACCUCUCGGAGGUGCAGGAGGAGAAGCUGGACAUCUACGGGCAGGUGGCUCAGGCCAGCACCACAGUGACUGUCCAGGUGACCGAUGUCAACGACAACACGCCCCAGUUCUACGACUGCGAGCUCCCUGCCUGCGACUUCGCUGCCAGCCCUCAGAGCAGCUUCGGGGGCUCCCUCGAGGAGCAUUCCUCUGCCAGGGUGCCCGUGGGUGGCCUCCGCAUUGUGGCCCACGACCCUGACAAGGGCUUCAAUGGCACCUUUGAGCUGCAGCUGCAGGGCCCAGAUGCCGCCUCCUUCUCCGUCUCGCCCACAAGGAUCACGGGCACAGGGGCGGUGCAGGUCCUGGUGAAGGACCCCAGCACCGUGGAUUACGAGCAGGUUCAUGUGAUGACAGUAGAGAUUGUUGCCAAUGACACCGGGAACCCCAGCAACUGCUGCUCCAUCGCCACAGUGACCAUCCAGCUGUUUGACAUCAACGACCACAGCCCUGAGUUCGGGCAGAGCGUGUACUGGCUGCAGGUGCCAGAGAACAGCCCAGUGGGCACCGUCAUCUCUAUCAUCACGGCCACUGACCCGGACAGCGCCAGCUUUGGCAGGAUCACCUACAGGCUGCUGCCCGAGAGCAUCCUGGACAUCUUUGCGGUGAACGCCAGCAGUGGGGAAGUGCUGGUGCGGAACGGCAGCUUGCUGGACCGCGAGACCCGCUCGGUCUAUUACGUCACCCUGCAGGCCGUGGACGGGGGGAACAUGACCGGCUCCACCUACCUCGAGAUCACCCUGCUGGACGUCAACGACAACACCCCAGUCGUCAGCGGUUCCUACAACAUCUUCGUCAACGAGGAACAGGAGAACAUCAGCAUCCAGAUCCAGGCCUUUGACAACGACGAGCCCGGCACCAACAACAGUCGCCUGCGCUUCCAGCUGGAGCCCGGGGCCUUCAGUACCAACUUCACCAUUGACUCCGCCACGGGGGUGCUGCACAGCCUGGGGGUGCUGGACCGCGAGGCCAUAGAACCGGCGCUGCAGGGGAAGGUGGUGGUGACCGUGUGGGUGCAUGACCUGGGCGUGCCACAGCUCAGCUCCCUCGUCAAUGUCACCAUCAUCGUGGAGGACGUGAACGACAACACGCCGUGUUCCUCUCGAACGCCCUUAACACGUUCUCUGUGGCGGGAGGCCUGGCGUCCCCAGGCGCCUUCUGGGCAGGCGUGGAGGCGGAGGACCGCAGACCAGACCGAGGUUCCAUGCACCGAAUCUCCUUCGAAGUUGUCAGCGGUCAGCGGGGUCCAGCAGCUUCUGCUGCGCUACCAUCCGCACUGGGCCCAGGGCAGUACCGAGGGCAAUACCUGGUCCCUGGACGCCCGACGUGGCGCUGGACUACGAUCGGCCAGUCCGGCGUACUUCAACCUGACGGUGGCAGGCGGAGAAACGGGCACUGGCGAUGCCGCUCAAGUGGUGCCUACCACGGUGCACGGUGCUGUGCUGGACGUGAACGACGAGCCACCCACCCUGGUGCCGGCCAUCAUGCUGCAGGACGUGAGCGUCGCUGAGGACUGCACAGCCAGUGGUCUGCUCACCAACCUGCAGGCCUCGACCUGGCACACCAACACGUUGUCUGCAACUUCCAGGAGCGGGCCUGGCCUGUUACAAGGGCGCGGCGCCUUCGUGGGCAGCGUGGAGGCGGAGGACGCAGACCAGACCGAGGUCCAUCACCGAAUCUCCUUCCAGUUGGUCAGCGGCAGCGGGUCCAGCAGCUUCCUGCUGCGCUCCAUCCGCCUGGGCCCAGGGCAGUACCAGGGCAACCUGUCCCUGGACCCCGACGUGGCGCUGGACUACGAUCGGCUCAGUCCGGCGUACUUCAACCUGACGGUGCAGGCGGAGAACACGGGCACUGGCGAUGCCCUCAACGUGGUGCCUACCACGGUGCAGGUGCUGGUGCUGGACGUGAACGACGAGCCACCCACCCUGGUGCCGGCCUCGCUGCAGGACGUGAGCGUCGCCGAGGACGCCCAGCCAGGGCUGCUCACCACCCUGCAGGCCUCCGACCUGGACACCAACCACUUGCUGCACUUCCAGGAGCUGGGCCUGGCCUGUUACAAGGGCGCGGGGGCUGCGGGCCACGUGUGCCAGGACUGGUUCUACCUGGAGCCCAACGGCUCCGUCUUCCUCAACAGCUCGCAGAUUGACUACGAGGUGUGCGACCUGGCAACCAUCACCCUGCGCGUGGAGGACACACGCACCGAGGAGGGCAACCGCUACAGCAACAAUGCAACGCUGAGGAUCCUGAUCAGUGACGUGAACGACAACAGCCCGGAGUUCCUCCGCAUCAAUGACACCUUCGUUGUGGUCCCUGAGGUCUCCCCCGUGGAUCUGCCAGUGGCUGUGGUCAAGGCCAGAGACGCCGACUCGGGCCCACGCGGAGCCAUCACCUUCAGUAUCUCCAAAGUCCUGUUCCUCCAGGACAACGGGCCCUCCCACACCCUCACCAGUGUCUUCAAGGUGGCGACGACAGCCGAGGGGGACCUCUACAUCGGCAGCAUCCAGGUUGCAAGCAACCUGGAUGGGUCGUUAAAGGGCCGGUACCAGGUGACGGUGGAGGCCAAGGACAGUGGGACACAGUCGCUCAACUCCUCAGCUGUGCUGGACAUCUUCACCGUGGACCAGAGCUACCGGGUCCGGCUGGUCUUCUCAACCUCCGUGAAUGAAGUGCAGGAGAACUCAGACAAGAUCAAAGCGGCUCUGACGGUGGCGACCAGGACGACGGUCUACGUGGCAGUGAUCCAGUCCGAAGCAGAUGUGUUGCAGUCCAGAUCGUCCAGGGCCCAGGAGAAGUCCGUGAUGGAGGCGUACUUCGUGUACAGCAACGGGACGGCCCUGGGGGCGAACGAACUCAGCAUACUGGUCCAGAGCAACUCGCAGGCGCUGAGCGAGCUGAUCCAGCUGGGACUGACCAUUAUCGGCCCCGGGACAGCGGUGGAGCCCAGUAAGGAGAACGAGCUGGUUGGCAUCAUCGCGGGGCUGGUUGGGGGCCUGGUGCUGCUGCUCCUCGUCAUGACGCUGGCCUUGCUGGCCACCAGCCGGAGCUACAGGAGGAAGCUGAAGGCCAUGAAAGCACUGAAGGUGGCAUCCACACUGACAGCCAGCGUGGCCCAGCAGGGGCCAGCCAUCCCGGGGACAAACAAAUACAACGCUGAGGGGGCUAACCCCAUACUCAAUCUCACGCUGGACGCCCCUUCAGACCUGGGCUUUGACGAGGACUCCAAUGCCGACGCCGCCAGCCUUAACUCGCUGGAUGAAAACAUGGUGGAGAACCUGGCGGAGGGCAGCCCUGGUCCCCCGGUGCUGCAGCUGGGCCGGGCGGGGGCUCCGGCGCAGCUGGGCGGCUGUGAGGAGCCCCUGACAGCCGUCCUGCAGGCCCACUGCACGACUCUGGCUAGCGAGCCAGCUCGGCGACCAGGAGACCCCAACAGGGCAACCUUCACCUUCAGCAACCCCUGCCUGGACACCACGGACCUGUGA